AUGAAUUUGCUGGCAUGCGGUCAACCCCUCACAGGGCCCACAUACCCUCGCUUUCCGUCGUCGCGUCCAUGGCCCGGGUUAGGCUUCAUCCUUUCGCCAGCUGCCGGCCAUCGGCUUCCCCCUUACACUGCCACCAUCACGUGCAUGGCCACUAGACGCCGAAUGAUUAUAAAGCGGCGCACUCCCCCCGCUUCGCAGCGCAAGAAACGUCGCUACAUGGACGAAUCCCAUAGUCUUGGCCUGGACCCGCAGUCCCCCCGUUUCAGCGGCCGACUUACCACGGAAGUCAAUAGCGCAAACGGCCCAUUGCAACUGCUACGGCUUGUCCAAGAGUACGGACUUUACUUCAGCGGUACACAGGUCACGAUGGCGCUAGCACGCCUGGCCGCGUUCGCGACCUUUCAGCAGAUGUCGGCAGAGCAACUCGCAGCGCAGACGCGUACCACCCGGCGUUGCAUUCUACUGUUUCGACAAAAACUGCGCGACUGUGACCUUAUUAGCUACGCGCGCGCGUCGUACUCUCUGGGUCGGCUGGGCGUGUACGACGAGGAUCUCAUGGCGGAAGUGACGGAGGAGGUGUACGACAAGCUCAACCUGCUGUCACCCGACGGCCUGGCUGCGCUGCUGGCGGGCAUGGCGGCAUUGGGGCACCGGCCGGCUGAUCGCUGGCUGGACCGGUUCGCGCUGGAAGUUUAUACCAGGUUUGGUCGCUUCAACGGCCAGGAGCUCGCCAACUUGCUGUACGGCAUGGCCCGCCUGCGGUAUAACCCCAGCGCGGCCUGGACGGAGCGCGGGCGAGAGCUCGCUGUGCUGCUGUGGUCGCUGUCCCGGAUGAUGCGGAGGGAAGAUGUUGGUGCGGCUACUACUGCUGCGGCUACGGUGGCACUGAUUGAUGGAAGUCGCGCCGAAGGUGGUGCUGGGGCCCGCGUGCCCGAUGGUGGCGGGGUUGCAGCCGGCCCCGUAGCAACGAUGGUGCUGGCGGCGGCGCCGGCUGUAGCCGUGGUGCUGGAUCGGGAGUUUCUGGAUGCGUGGUUUCGGUGUUCGGCACGGCGGAUAGGCAGUGCCAGUGCUGCAUCGCUUGUGCUGGCGUUGCAAGCAUUGGCGGCGCUGCAGAUUACCCAGCUACCAUCCAAGUACAUGAACGCCGUGCUGGUGCAGCUGCGGUUGGCCAUGCCGGGGGCCCAGACAUCGGGGGCGACUAAUCAACGAGGUGGGGCGGCAGAAGGGACAUUGAGCAGCACGGAGAUGGUUUCGGCGUUGCUGAGCUUGGUGGCAUUGCGAAUACGUCCUGGACCCGACUGGAUGGAGUCCUGCUUGACGGGAGUGGAGUUAAGUUUGCUUGAACUUCAAGGGCCUACCCUUUGCGACCUGGCCUGGGCCCUGGCCCGUCUGCAGUAUCAACCGUCCCCUGAGUGGACCGACGCUUUUGCAUUGAGAUGCCAGGCAAUCCAUGCAUCAUUGUCUCAGCAACAGCUAAAUUUGCUUGCGUGGGCUUUUCGACAGUUGGACCUUUCCCUCCCAGACAUCCUUUAG